UUGCCGGCAUAAAGCAACCAACGACUGAAAAUGUUCAUAGAAGUUUUAACUGUAAUAUUAUGUUUCGCUUUAUCAAUUUAUAUUGUUAAUAAAUUAAGACCCUUGUUUCCGGCGUAUGUCAGCUGCUGGUUUUGUGGAGCAUCAACAUCUCUCCCUUACACACAAAGAAACAGCUGGGAUUGCCCUAAGUGUGAGCAGUACAAUGGCUUUGAGAAGGAUGGCAGCUACAACAAAGCAAUUGUGGCCCAGUAUGAUGAAAGCUAUAAUCGACCAAUCAACUGCAAGAAGGCGGAGUUUCUUGGAGGUCACGACCUUCUCUGUGACAAGUGCUGUCAGAAUCAGCUGCUGAAGGUCAAACAGUUGGCAAACUUCACACCUUAUAAUGAGAAGAGCUACGACUGUGAGGUUGAGGCAUUCAGUGCUCAUCUUGAGAAGGUCUACAGACUGUGUCCACAGUGCGAGAUCAGGGUCAGCGAGGAGCUUGAGACUCAGAACGAGGCUCUCUGCAUGUGUCUCAGUCACCUUGAUGAGUCCCAGAGAAGCUUGUUGGGCCUCAGUUUGAAUUCUUCUACUCUUGAUCCUCCUGUAUUGCACUCCAGUUACAGUGACAGGAAACUCAACAGGACUGUCCUGUGCAGUGUCAUACUCCAUGUAGUUGCCUUAGUGUGUGCCCUCUUGUUAGGUGCAAAGGAGAUUAGUCUGGAAGGGGGGACUGAUUGGCAGAGGAGAUUGUUACCACUUCACCCACUGCUUCUGUGGUUGGAUAGGACAGCCAGUGUGGUGUCUGUUCUGGGUCUCUUUUCUGGAAUCGUCGCAAAACUUGUUCUUGGGAAAUACAGGUUACGUAUUGUGGACGCAGCCAGCUGCCCAGUCUGGUUAUUUGUGCUGCUGUCAGAGAACUCCAGUCUACAUUUCCAGCAGAGUUACUUCCCCUACAAGACAACUGGACUGGUUACAAAUAUCCUCACCAGUCUGGCCAGUGUGGCCAUCAACCGAAGGAGACGGAACCAGUCUAAUAUGACUUUGACUAGACAAGUCCUUGACAACAGUCUCUCUGACUCUGCCAGCAGCGUUUCCCCACUUUCCUCAGUCAGUCAAGUGACGUCAAGAUCACCAUUAAAAGGUCAAAGGUCGAAAGAAGCUGAAUUCAGGCCUGAACCCCCUAGCUUGCCGGUAUUUAUGCAAGAAAGAGGGGACGAAGGAAACAUGAAAUUAUAUAUGAGAAACAUUUAUCGUCAAUAUUGGCCGGAUAUUAUGAGGUUUUGUAAGAAAUAA